CGACAACCUCAUAAUCCCCCCAAGAUGGAGAACUUAGAUAACGUACGGCUCUAUAUCAAGUCGCUAGACAACACCGUGGACCUGCUUCAGGAGUCGCUUGAGCCUAUUCUCAAAAAGUCACUCGAUGAAUUAAUUGCAGGAGUCCCUAGCGAUAACCACAUCGAUAAAAUCAAGAUAUACAACAACUAUGCAUACACCCUUAUCUCGUUGAUGUUCUCCUACCUCAAGAGUGUAGGGGUCAAUACCGAGGGUCACCCUAUUAUGGAUGAAUUAACCAGAAUCAAAACGUACAUGAAGAGACUCAAAGAUCUCGAGACCGGAGCCAAGGGCCAGGAAGACAAAGAUAAACAGGACGCCGAAAAAGCUAAAGAGUUCUUACAGAAUGCAUUGGGGACAAGAGCUAAUGGUGGCGGAGCCGCAGCUAGUGAUGGAAUGAAAGGUCCUGCCAUCAGUAGCGUCAACUUCAAAGGCACCCACACAAGGUUUGAACUGGAGGCCAACGAACAAAAGGGUAAGCCAGGAAAAGUAACCAAACCAAAGAAGAAGAAGAAAAGUAAGGACUAGGUUCAAGGCUUUAUUGAUCUUUAGUAAUACAUCGGCGACUCGUCAGGUUUCCGCUUGUUGGUCAAGAAAAUCCAUGGGGUAGUCUACCAAAUCCGAAUGCUAGAUUUACUUCCUUAGUCAGCAUUUGCUGUAAUAUACCUAGGCAUUUUACGGAGUUGAGAUGCCAGUUACAACACUAUUUUACAUAGAUUUAUACGGAAACGAAACCCGGGGGGUAAUAAACGUUUAUCAUUGGA